GGUUCUGAAGAUAUACGGUCGACAUUUCCUCAAUUUAUUUCAGACUUUUCAAACAGACUUUAUGCUUCAUAUACUAACAAACGUGUUGGUCUUUUCUCCUCAUGCCAGUGCUGUACUUUCUUCGUGGGGGUAAAAAAAAGUGACCGACUAUGAACAGACCAGGACCUUCAUUCAACAUGGGUUCUCACUUGCCGGGCCAGGUGAAUGGUGGGUUCACCAUAACAGAAGAGAAUGAAAUGCCAGUGACUAGCCUGUCUGGGAACGGGACAGCCACUAAGAACAGAGCCCAGGCGUUUGGAGAUCCCGAAAGGAUUGAAAAAGGUCAUCAGCCGGUGUUUGAGUCUUUCACCGAAGACUAUCCUGCAGAUCCCUCCAUUUUGUCCGCCAUGGAGAGAACACUGGCCGCCUUCAUGAACCAAGGGCUGCUAUUGGUGGGGAUCGGCACGGCGUUGAUGACGUAUAACCAAAACGGUCCGAACAUCGUGGGUUGGGUGCUGGUGCCGGCCGGGGUGCUUCACAUCAUCUGGUCUUGUCUGUGGUGGACCGGCUCGCUGGUUGUGCUGAUCGUGGCGGCGUCUAUAGUGGAACUGUCCUGUAACAUCAUCUUCGGCGCCUUCGUGCGCGUUACCUUCCCUGACGGGGAGGGACAGGGGCUGGCAACAACCGAGAAUCCUUAAGGCUUAAGGAUCCUUCUAAUGUCUUAAGGAAUGCCUAAUAUGUGUUUCAGGGCAUGUUGUCCUCUGUCGUAUCAUUAAGAGCCGUAAUUAAUUCAUUGUCAGGAUGUUCGGAGCUGUUGUCUUACUCAGUGAACAAAUGUCCCAGAGCG